UCCUAUGCAAACAAAUAGACAACAGAUUGAGUGCAACUGAUUGUGCAACCCAUUUUUGCCAAUUCGUGGAACGGCGUUUUCAUUUUCAGAUAAUUCUACAUUGAUAUAGCGGACCCUCCCCGUUUUUGAAGUCACUGUACGAGAUAACCACAACGCAAAAAGUAAUCGACUACACGAUCGAAAUGACUAUGCUACCCAAAGCACUUAUCUUCCUGUUUUGGUUAGUACCACUCACCUUGGCUGACGGCGUCUGCGAUUUUGAUACCGUGGGUGCCAUCGGAUUUGUCACCUGCAAGAGUUUGAAUCAAGCCGAUGAUUACCUGUAUCAGAUGUACAAAAUCAAACCCGAAUUUGAUAAGGCUUCUUUAACUGAUAUCUAUAUAUUCAUAUCAAAUUCAAACUUUCAAGAAGUAAACGAAUGGUUUGUGGAGCCUUUUCUGGACAUAUCUACCAAAAUUUCUUCGCUAAGCUUGUAUAACUGCUUUGUGCAAAGGAUAUCUUCAGAUGCUUGGAGUGUACUUUCCGAUCUAACUUUUCUGAGUCUAAGUAAAAACUCCAUAAAAGCAUAUCCCUUUCUUCAAAAUUUAAAAAAGCUUCGAAAUCUGGACUUCUCGGAGAAUGGACUAGGAGAUUUAGAUGUCGCAAAUUUGUUCAGUAACAUAACUUCUAGCACAAUGACUAAUGUUGAUUUGAGUUUCAACGCCAUUAAAAAUUUGGAUUUCUCAUGGUCCCGAUUUGCGAAUUUGGAAUUAGAUUUAACUUACAAUUCGAUCGAGAGAUUUGAUUACAGUAACGUUGGUGUUAAGAAGGCUAAACUCAGUUUUAAUCCGAUCAACGAAAUACUUUUUCCUCCAGGCGAUUUGCUUGAUUACUUAGAACUAGCUGAAACGAGAGUAAAAUCUAUUAGAAGUACCAAUGAUGCGGCCACUGGUACAAUCUCGGUUAAUUCUUUAUACGCAAGUAACCUUGAUAUUGAUUUGGACUUGUCUAUACUCAGCAACGUUACCGGAAUUCAAAAUUUAAUUUUGAAAGAUAACAAAAUCUCAAGUUUGGAUAGCGAUAUAAUUUUAAAAUCCUUGUCCUCCGGGUCUACUCUCGAUUUAUCGAAUACUAGCCUGAGUAGUUUUUCGAAUGGGUUCUUCAACGGUACAAAUAAAUUAAACGUCUUAAAUUUAACAUAUAACUCUAUAAAACAAAUUCCCGCGAACUUGUUCAAUAAAUCACAGAUUGGCACCUUAGAUUUGUCCAACUCUCAAAUUUCCCAAAUCGAAUCCGAGGCGUUUUCGAAUCUCGUUAUUCGCACUACUUUAAAUCUUUCUGGAAACAAACUUGAGAGUGUAGAGAACAUAUUCGGAGAGAUCACAAUACAAGGGACGCUAGAUCUGUCUUCGAAUCCGAUAACUAAAAUCACGGAUACAACAUUUCAAGGUAUUACUGGGCUAACAGAACUAAAUAUGAUCAACACCAGUAUCUCUACUAUAUACGAUAAAAGCUUCUCCAGUUUACCGACUUUAAAAUCCCUCUACAUUACUAUCCAAGGCACGUUCAACAGCAAAGGUAUCGAGAAUCACUUCUUGAAGAGAUUGGGUCUACUCUACUCAACUAUUACAAAGUUGGAGAAAGAAAACUUCAAAGGACUGUACACUUUGCAGGAACUUUUCUUCAAUAAUUCAGAAAUUAAAGAAGUGGAUAACUCAUGCUUGGACGGCCUCUUUGCCUUAACUGAUUUGGAUGCAAAGACUCUUCUGAAAUACUCAAGAACCAUUCCAAUAGGAAUUUUCAAAGAUUUGAAAUCGCUCGUCAAAUUGGAUUUAUCUAAUAUGACCUGGACCACUAUAUCGUACGAAGUAAUGAAAGGCCUGAUAAGAUUGGAGGUUUUAGAUCUAGCCAGAAACAACAUCAGCGAAAUAUCGGAAAAUUCUUUUCAAGAUUUAACAAGUUUGUCGAUAUUGUAUUUGUCUGGAAAUCAGCUGGGAAGCAUAUCUUCUCAAAUUUUUCAGAAACUAUGGAAAUUGGAGGAAUUGUAUAUCGAUAGCAAUGUUCUGACGACUUUGCCGGUGGAUUUAUUCCAGAAUACGAGCUUGAAGUACUUGAAUCUAAGCUCAAAUCUACUUAUGUCGCUAGAGCCGGGAAUAUUUUCCAAUCUGGACAAACUUACGACACUAGAUUUAUCCAAAAAUCGAUUUGUGACUAUCCAGAGCGAAGUCUUUAAACCGCUGGUCUCGUUGGAUACUUUGAAUUUAGAAAACAAUCUGUUGCACAGUCUUUCGUAUUUCGGAAAUGUUUUCAACUACACGAGCUUGCUAGAUACUAUUUCGCCCAGAACAAUACAGCUUAAUGGAAAUCCCUGGGAAUGUAAAUCGUUGGGAUUCAUGCUGAAUUAUCUAGGAUAUAGAAAUGUCGAAUUCAAAUACCCCGCCAGCGCGCUCUAUAAUACCGACAACAUCGUUGGAAUCAAUUGCUCGCCUGAAGAGGAUAUGAACGAACUCACUGAAGUACUUCAGUUAAAUCGCGGAGAUAAGGUGUUAUCAGUAGAAGCAACCAACAAGCAUUUAGUUUUGGUUAGUUUAACGUUGAUAUCUACCAAUACGAUUUUAUUCCAAAAAUAUACAUUACGCGUUAAUAUAAGUCUACGAGAAAAAAUGACAAAAAUUGUGUAUUUUUGUGGAGCUUUUGUGGCAUUGACACUACUAAACCCAGUUCAUGGACUUGAGUGCUUCGAAUGUGUAGCUGAAUCCGGACAGGGAUCGCCAUGUGAAUCGAAACCUGAUAAUUCAACCCGUCAAGAAUGCGCAAUAGGACUGUCGUGUCUAAAAUUCAUUCAACGGAUCGGCGAUCAAACCACAAUAUACCGUCGAUGCUCGCCCUACAAUUUUUGCGAAGUCCAGAAAUCCGUGGCGAACGGAUUAAACGAAGCAAACGCAACCAGUAGUUCGUCCGUCGAUCAAAUGGUCAUUAAAGCCUGCGAAAUAUGUAACAGCACCUUGUGCAAUUCUGUGUCGCUGCCAUCCGUGAACUGGUGUUACGUAUCCAUAUUUGUGACACUAGUGCACUUAUCGGGCAGUUUAAUUUAUUGAUUUGUAUUUUUUAUUGUAUUGUAUUUUUUUUAAGAAUUGUUUGUAUUUCGUCGUUUAUUGUCGAGCAACAAAAUGGACAGUCUGUACAUAUAUUUUGUACGUGAUGAAAGUAUGUUA